CUCCCCAACCGCCCAGAGUCUGUCCUCCCCACCGAGAGCAGCCGGGGAGUCGGUCAGAGAAGGAGCAGCUAGCUGGAGCUAGAGGAGGGCGAGGCUGAGCGGGCUGCCGUUUGGGAUGGAGGGCAGGAGGUGGGGUCAGGAUGACUGGAAUCUCCAUCUGUGCAUUCAGGACAAGUGCUGGCUCUGGUGCUGGUCGCCGCCUUGUGGGGUGGCACGCAGCCGCUGCUGAAGCGGGCCUCCGCUGGCCUACAGGAGGUGCAGGAGCGGAACUGGGCCCGACAGUUGCUGCAGGAGAUGAAGACCCUUUUCUUGAAUACUGAGUACCUGAUGCCCUUUCUGCUCAACCAGUGUGGCUCCCUUCUCUACUACCUCACCUUGGCAUCCACAGAUCUGACUCUGGCUGUGCCCAUCUGCAACUCUCUGGCCAUUGUCUUCACAUUGAUUGUUGGGAAGCUCCUUGGAGAAGAUGUUGGUGGAAAACAAGCAGCUGCUGGCAUGGUACUCACCGUGACAGGAAUUACACUGUGCAUCAUGAGCUCAGUGAACAAAACCCAGGGGCAGCCAUCUACCUUUUGAGUGGACCAAUCCCACCUCCACCCCUGCUGUCUCCGGGAAGUCCCUGGGCCAUGAUGCGAAGGCAGCGAGCAGAUGGACCAGCUCUUGUUCUCUUCGAGCCCUAGCUUCCUCAUCUCUUCUGGAGAUAACAGCUACCUCAUGGAUCACAAAAAGAGAACAGCAGUGAUGGAGUUUUGUAACUUUCAAGCCGUGCUCAGUUGCUGGGAGUUAGCCUGGGAGACUUUACACUUAACUCUCAGCAGCCUCUCCACCAGCAGCCCUUGCGGACAUCUCAGACCACAGCUAACCAUCACCCAGCCACAACCAACCUGGCCUGCUUCAGACUGUCAUGGUAUGCCGAGUCCACCUUCAUGGAAAGGGCCAGGUGUCGUCUCUGAGUUACAAAUAGAACCCAAAGACCUCCAGGGCUCAGCCACAGUGCCUUGGCUAACUGAGGGGUGGAACUGAGGGCACGAUGGUGCAUCAGAAUGGCAGGUAGGAGAAAUGAAGCUGCCUGUCAUCCUUGAGUUAGGUGAAAAUGCUCAACUGUCAACCCCUCUCAGACGACUGUGAGCCCCAGUGCCAUGUAAUUGAUGUAGCACCAGUGCAACAUCUGGCCAGUAGCAGCCUUCAGUAAAUCUGUACUAAACAGAC